AUGCCGAUUCCACAAGAAAACAACAUUGGAUUGACGGAAAACAUGUUGAUAUCCGAAGAGUUGGCGUACGACAAGGAAUUAUUGAAUGCAGAGCAUGAAACAUUGAGAACAUUAUCUUCAAAGAUAAGGAGCCGUGGAGAUAUUGUUCUAAACGUUGCUUCAAGUGGAAUAACAUCAUUGCUAUUGCCGGGUGGCAGGACAACGCAUUCUCGAUUUGCUGUACCACUCUCAGUGAAUGAAGAUUCCACCUGCAAUAUCUUGCAAGGUAUUGGCCUUUGCAAACUUAUAAUCAAGUGUAAAUUGAUAAUAUGGGAUGAAGCACCGAUGACACACAAAUACAGUUUUGAGGCUUUAGACAAAACCAUGAGGGGUAUAUUGAGAUUCACCGUACCUAGUAGUGAUCAGAAAAUAUUUGGUGGAAAGAAAGUAGUAUUGGGUGAUGAUUUUAGACAGAUUCUUCCAGUUAUUCCAAAAGCAACGAGACCAAUGGUUGUGGGAGCCACUAUUAAUUCUUCAUACCUCUGGAGGAAUUGCAAGGUACUGAGACUCACGAAGAACCUGAGACUACAGAGCUUAGCUUCAAACGAAGAUAGACAGACGGUUGAUUGGUUAUCAACAUGGAUUGCAGACAUUGUAGAUGAGAUUACAGGGUUGGUAAACAAUGGUUUGUUUGAGAUCGAUAUUCCACCAAGGUUUAUGUUAAAGUGUGGACCUAAUCCAAUUGCAACUAUAGUCGAAAGCAUCUUCCCAGCCGCGAAGUAUGGAAUGCUAGAAGAGUUGCACCUAGAAGGACGAGCGAUCCUCUCACCGACUUUAGAUGUUGAUCAAAUUAAUCAGUAUAUGUGUGACAUGAACACUGUAGAAGGUCGGACGUAUCUAAGCUGUUACUCUUUGUGUAAGGCAGAAUCAGAUGGUGAUAAUCUCUCACAAGUCAUCGUUAGGGAUCAGAAACGUAAUUCUGUCGAGAAAGAAGGGGUUUCAAGUUUUCAUCCCAUUCUGAAUUCUGAUGCUGAGGCCAAACUCAAGAAUGGGGUUCACUGUUUAGAGGUUUAA